GGUGAAGUGUUGUGUUUAAAUGAGAUGAAUAUUAUUUAUCUAGAUAAAAAUAAUUAGUGAUGGAAGAACAAGUAAAAGGAAGAGGCACUAUAUCAAAAAUGAUCAUUGUUAUUAAAAAAAUAUGUAUUUUUAGCGGCAAUAACAUUCUUUGUAUAUAUCCCUAAAGCCUUUAGAGACAUUGGUUCUAAUGACACUUAAAUAUGUCAAUAAAGACUUUAAUACUCUUCAUUAAGGUCAAUAUUUAUUGCCGCUAAUUUUUUUUUUUUUUUAUGUCUCAACGGGGUUUUUUGAGCUUGAAAGGUUCAAUAUUAAAUUCCCAGUAGUAUAGAGUCUUGAAAUAUAGAGUUUUUCAGAAAACCAGUGCUUUUUUCCAAGCUUCAUAUCCAAGUAGAAACAAAUCACCUAUGCUUUUAUCACGUGGACAUAAUGGAAAGAGGAUUUUUCUCAAUGCCGCUUUUGAAAAUUUUGAGCAGAGGAAUCAUCCUUCCAUUGAAAUCUUUAAUAAUAAAUUCCUCUUGGAGGUAUUCAAGCGAUUACCUAGUGGCAAAGAGACAAGUGUUUGUGCUUGUGUUUCUAAGCGAUGGCUCACACUUUUAUGCACUGUUCACAAGGAUGAGAUCGCAGAAUCUAAUGGAUAUCUUGCCAGGUCCCUUCUUGUUGCUAUUGUCGUUAGAACUUCAAACCGUGGAGAUUUAACAAAGCUAUCUAUUCGGGGAAACAACCUUCGUCAUAGUGUGACUUAUAUUGGUCUCAAGGAUAUUUCUCGAGGUUCCCCUACUCUCAAAGAACAUUCCUUGUGGAAUGUGUCUUAUGUUGGUGAUGAAGGUUUAUCUCAGAGUGCCCGUGAAUGUCAUUUGUCAGAGAAGCUAGAUCUUUUUCAAUGCCCAAGAAAUAGAGGUCCGGAUUGUUCUUCCAGUCUGGAGCGUAAAAUUCUCGAUGUUGUGAAUGAGUGUCGAAUGACGAAUUCAUCUAUGACACACCCUUGUGAUCCUAAUCUUGUUCCAUCAUGGAAGAGAAGUUUUGACAUCUUAGGUGCUUUGAAAUUUGUACCUUGGAUGCUCAAUAGUUUUAUCCAGGCUCAUCCUCCUUCUAGAGUUAGACUUAAGGUGUAUGAGUUCUCACGUAUUUUGCCUGAUACUCUUAAAUUUGAACUUGUUCCCCACGAGGAUAUUUGGGAAAGUCUAUUCAACAAUCAUAUUCCAAGUAAAGAAGAUAUAGGAGUAUAUUUUUUUGCAAGUGAGAAAGAAAGGUUUGAGAGAUAUAUUGCUCUAGUGAAGUCCAUAUGUAGCAAAGAUUUGGUGAUGAGAACGCUUAUAAAUGAUGAUGAGCUCCUUAUACUUGCAUCCACAGCCCUGGGCAAUGAUUCUCAAAAUAUUGCAUGAUGGGCCAUUAUGUUGAUGCACCAGUGGAUUGGUGUUGUGAAGAAUGUGAUAUUGAUAAAUGGAUAAUGUUUCAAUUGAGUGGACUAGAAAAUGUGCAUUAUGAACAACCCAGGUUACUUGCCUUUGAAAAGAUUUGUUAGAGUACUGUGCAACCAAACAAACAUAGUAAGUUUCCUCGUGGACACUGUAUUAACGGGGAAAAUGAGAUAUGGACCGGGAAAAUGUGAUAUCUAUCUACAUGUUGAAAAAGCAUUUGGUCUAUUAUCAAGCAUUAAGAAAUAUGGAUCUCCGCGGAUAUAAAUACAGUCUCCUCAAGAGUUGUGUCAACCAAGUCCAUGAAAAUCGUGGCUCGAUGGAUUUUUAUCAAGCCUAGAUCUCAAAUUUCAAACUCUUUUCGUGAGAAGAGCAAAGUGAAGCGGCCUUUAGGAUCAUCAAGAUAUACGAAACCUCAAAAUAGUCAAAUUGCCAAAAACAAUGAAUAGAGCAAAGAAACAGUACAAUUAUCUAAAGAUAUUUCAUAAUGGGCUACUAUGUUGAUCCACCAGUGGAUUGGCGUUGUGAAGAAUGUGAUAUUGAAAUAGGAAUAAUGUUUUCAUCAAAUAAGCAAGAAAAUGUGCAUUAUGAGGGACCUAGGUUAUCUGCCUCAAGAAAGAUUUGUCUGAGUACUGUGCAAUCAAAGAAACAUUGUAAGUUCCCUGGUGGACAUCGUAUGUAAAAAGAAGGUAAGGACUAGAAAAAGGCAGGGGAAGAGGAAACAACAACAUCAACAUACCGAAGCAUUGACUAAAUAAGUUUUUCCUGGGUAUUCAAAGUUUUUUUUGUUGGAUAUUAAGAAACAACAUCAACAUACUAAAUCAUUGACAAGACAAGUUUUUGUUGGGUAUUCAGAGGUUUUUUUUGCUAGAUAUUCAAAGAAAGCUAGGAGUAAUUAUUCCUCUACUCACUAGCUUGAGGGGAAGUGUUGAAGAAGAAAGAAGUUGAUUAUUGAAACAUGUCAAAGAACGUGUUCAACGCAGCCGACUGAAGCAAGUGUUGAUGAAGAAGGAAGUUGACGAUUUGAACAUGUCAAAGAAACAGGUCCAACGAAGCUGACUGACGAGUUCACAACAUUACUGAAGAAUUAGAGUUGUACCAUGAUUAGACUACCUAUGUUAAUUAGGAUUAUAUUUCGUCUAAAAUUAUUUUUAUGAUUAGGAUUAUAAUACAACUAGGAUUAGAUUAUUUAUAAUUUUAUUAUUAUUAUUAUUAUUAUUA